CCAGCUCACGUGGGGGAUAUAAUAUAAAAAGAGGGAGAAAAAAUGUAAACAUAAACAUUGACAUGUAGCCGUUCGCUUGGGAGAUAUAUGGAACAAGGAAUGUGAUUCACAGUCUCGAGAAGCUCACACCAACCUCAAAAAAAAACGACUUUUGGCCGGAGCCAGGCUAGCCUCACGGCCCUCUACGUGACGCUAGCCAAAUUGGAAGAAGAAUAAUGUAUUAUGCCUUACGCCCAUUGGUCAGCACCACGGAAAAACAACCCAGCGGCUAGGGGGGAUCGACUACUCUGCCCUCUAUCCUCUAUCGAGGCCCCUCCAACCUCCGCCAAAGAGAAUAAGAAGACUUUUAUCGCUACGCUCGCUACGAUAAUCGCGCUUAUAUUUUAUUUUUUUUACAUAUAUUUAAUAUGCCGUCACGAAGCGAAGACAUUCUCAAAGGCUUUCAGGUUAAUUGGAUGAAUUUGAGGGAUGCGGAUAGUGGGAAAAUAUUAUGGCAAGGCAACGAAGAUCUGUCCGUUCCUGAAGUUGAACACGAGGCAAGAGUUCCCAAGGGGAUUUUACGCUGUCGAGCCGUUUCGAGGGAAAUUAACUUUAGUUCGGCUGAACCGUUGGAACGAUUUAGACUGGAACAAAAAGUCCUAUUCAAAGGACAUUGUUUAGAAGAAUGGUUUUUCGAAUUUGGCUUCGUCAUUCCAAAUAGCACAAACACAUGGCAAAGUACCAUCGAAGCUGCACCUGAAAGUUCAAUGAUGCCAGCCAAUGUACUCAAUGGCAAUGUCGUGAUCGAAACAAAAUUCUUCGACGACGAUUUGCUCGUCUCGACGAGUCGAGUCCGUCUUUUUUACGUUUAGUCAAUCGGUCCAAAAUGCUCUCCGGGGACCAAAAACCGAACCAAUUGAUGAACUUAACUCUCUGCAUAUGAAGAAUUACAAGUUUGCGAACAACAGACAACAUACCUCCAGAUAAGAACGAGAAUCGUAUCAGCAAACAGUCUGCGAAGCAAAAGUUGUUUUUCAACAAUGUGGUGUAUCGAGUUUAUGUUUAUUUACAAAAUUGUGCACUCACACUAUCACCGCAAUGAUCUCAGUUCGUUAUCCACAAGUUUUCCGUAAUCACGAUCGUUUGAGUGAGUUUUUACAUAUUCCAGUCACAUUCUAUCGCUGCAUUGUUCAUUGGAAUUUUGUUGAAUAGUAAGAAAAAAAAAAUUUCUUAAGGCCUACAAAAUUUCACGCUCUUUGUGGCAAAACUAUAGCACCGAGACACGCAAUCGUCCGAUAAAUGUUUUAUAUAUAUUGUACAUAAUUUGUAGAUUUCUAACCAUAAAUUAUCCAAUAAACACAUGUUUUUUUGUGUUAUUAGAUGUUAAUUGCAGUAAUGGAAAUAGAAAUCGAUUUAUUUACCAGUUGUAUUAUAAAUUAUUAAAAAUAAAGAACAAAUGUUGUGAAUUAA